AUGGAACAUAUCAAAAGAAAAACCGUGGCUAACAUAAAAUAUAACAGCUAUUCGGAUGAUGAAAAUAUUUUUAAAAAAAUGUCAACACUUUCAUCUAAAAAAGGGUUAGACAACAUAACAUCCAAACGAAAAAACAUUAAUCUUGAUAUGAAUGGUAAGAAUGCAAUUUUUAGUCAAAACUCUAUUAAAUUAAAAAUUCCCUUUGAGAAAAGAGAAAACGAUAUUACACAUAAAGGGAAAGGGAAGAACAAAAUAAGGUUUGCUCAAUCAACAGAAUAUGAAAAAAUGCCUAUUAUAAAAAAGAAAAGUAAUAUAGAAAGGGAUGUUCAUGAUAACGUGAGAAAGGGGAAAACUAAUAUUUUUUACUGUAAAAAGAGUGUAUCAUCUAGUAGUAUUGAAAAUGAAUAUAAUGAUGAUGAGGAGGAGGAAGAUGAUGAUGAGGAGGAAGAUGAUGAUGAGGAGGAAGAUGAUGAUGAGGAGGAGGAAGAUGACGAUGAAGAAGAUGUAGAUGACGAUGAAGAAGAUGUAGAUGAAGAUGAAGAAGAUGUAGAUGACGAUGAAGAAGAUGUAGAUGAAGAUGAAGAAGAUGUAGAUGAAGAUGAAGAAGAUGUAGAUGAAGAUGAUAUAGAUGAUGAUCAUUAUAAUGAUCCAACACUUAAUAAUGAUGACAAUAAGAAACAGUUUAAUACACCCAAAAAGGUAUAUAUUCAGGAUGAUAUGAAAUCCUGCCUCAAUCACAAAAAAUCUAAAACAUUAAAUAAGACAGAAUAUUCGUUUGAAAGAAUGAAUACCAAUAACGCGAUGAAGAAUAAUUACAAAUAUAUGAAGAGCACAUUAAAAAAAAACUCCACAUUAAAUAUAGAUAAAAUUAAAGAGCCCAACCCAAAAAAAUCAGUCAGCAUGAGAAUAGAUAAGAAUAUAAUUUAUUCAAAAACGCCUUCAUAUAAUAAAAAUGGCAAAGAAAAUAUGAUAAAGGCCAAAUCACAAAUAUUAAAAAUAGCAGAACAGUAUAUGAGUACAGAUAAAAUAAAAGCAUUUAAAACAAUCGAAAGAGGAAAUACUCGAUUUCUAAAUAAAAAUAAAAAAAUCGACCCAGACAAAAUACAAAAUCUUGGUCCAUUUGUUCCAAAAAUGAUAAUAGAAAAGAAAACAGAAAGAAAACUUGGAUAUAUUCCAAAUUAUAUAAGAAAAGAAAAAAAAAAGGAACAUACAUCUGAUAAUGCAAAUAUAUUAUUUUCAAAAGAUAAAGACAACAAAAUAACAUUUCAAAAAAAAAAAAAAAAAAAUGAUGGAUUUGGAUUAUUUGAAAAUAUGUUAGUUUUAAAUAAUUUAGGUAAAAUAUAUGAAUGGGAUGGAUAUCAAAUGAAUAAAAUUAAAAAUUUAUAUGAACAGUUCAUAUGCAUAUGUACUAAUAAAAAGGGUAAUCUAUUAUGUAUCGAUUUAAAUUACAAGCCUGGAUAUUUGUUGUGCAACAGACAUUUCAACAGAAUGGAUCACAACACAGAAUCUUCAUUGUUUAAGAAAAUAGUAAUUAGUAUUAAGAAUAAAAUAUGGGGAAUUGAUAUACAAGGGAAUUUAAAAAGAUGGAAUAAAUAUGAAUGGAUUGAAGUAAAAAAGGCAUAUGGUAUUUUUAAGUUAAAAUCUCUAGCCUUUGAUCGAAAAAAUAGGCUUUGGGUUUUAGAUGAACAAAAUUAUUUUUUUAUAUAUGAUACGGAAGAUAAGAAUUGGAUGUUGAAAAAUGUAAAUGGAUGUAAUAUAAAUGAUUUUGAUUUUAAUGAUAAUGAUAAUUUGACAGCUGUGACAAAGGAUGGAAUAAUUAAAAUUUAUAAAAAGAAUAGGUGGAUAAAAUAUGGAAUCUUGGGCGAAGUAAAAAUAAGAAGUUUACAUUUUAUAAGGUAA